AAAAUAAGUACCAGUUGAAUAUUGGGGUCGAUAUUACCGAUCUACCCCUCCCCUAAAAUCGUUGCCCCUGUGUCGAAAUUUGAAACCACUAUUUCUUAACUAUGUGAUCAAUGCCCCUUUAUGUUUAAAUUAUCAAUCAAUCUCAUUCUUUGGCGCUAUUUGCUGUUUUUUUUUUAGUCGGGGACUAAACCAGCUCUCCUACUUGAGCAGCUUGUUACUCUUGGACACCCUCAAAACUGAUGCACAAGCGCUCGAUACUUGGCGAUGACGACUGCUUUGUGUAUUAGCGCAUGGGGAACUGAUCCACGUGUAUUUGUCAGACCAAGUCAGAUAAUCAGAAGGGCUUUUUUUUCUAUCUGGUAUUCCUGAUUAAACUCAAAAUUAUUUGAGCAAACUCAAGGCGUCCUGACAUCUAGGGACAUCAUCUUUCUAAAUAAAUAUGUUCAUGAGUUCGUUCGGUGUUAGGAGCCUCAACACCCUUUUUAUCAGCACUUCAUAAAAAAGCCUUAUCCACUACAUUGAAGACAGAUACCAGAUGAAACUAUCAAAUGACAAUACCCUUUCUCCUUUGCGCACCUGGAGUUCUUCCUUCAGGUACCAGGCCUGUAUGACAUAUCCUUCUUUCUACACCGCUCGCUUUCUUUAUAUUAUAUUUUUUUCUUCCCGUAACUCUCCUUUACCAGGCAUCGAUUUUCAUUCAACGAUUCGUUACUGUUCACCAAAUCUAACACACUAUAUUUCAGGUGUAGUCCAGGUAGACGUGCUUAAUUUUUUAUAUAUAUUGAUCCUUCCAAGUUGUUCUGUAAUAGAGAUCCUUAUCUACUAAUGCCCAAAGAUGGACUCCGUUUGCUCCGGGUUAAACACCAAAGGUUGGUUGGAAAGACAACUGCGCAUUUCUCUCCAUGGAAUUGCUUCCCUUAAAAGAUGGCGGUUUAUUUCCAUUGUAAACAAUCAACAAUUUGUUGUUGAGUUUUGACAGCUGUAGUAACUGAAAUUUCCCAACACUAAGCAAUAAAAUGAGUGUGAAAUACCAGCCUAUACCAUCUAAUGACCCUUAUGAAAGUGAAAUCGAUUUCUCGUCUCCUUUUGACUAUGAUUUGAAGCCUACAAACCAAAAGUUUCGCUCCAUCUUCACUUAUUCUGACCUAAAUCCUCAUAAUGCUGAUGUUAAUUUAACAUCAGCACAAGUUUCCUUCUGGAGGCGUUUUAGCUACUGGGUGAUUAUAUUUGCAGCUUACCUUCUUCUCUUCAUUACCAUGCCAAUCUCCAUUUGGUUUGCUUUUAAAAGAGUACCUAACUAUGAAAGGCUUGUUAUUUUUCGGCUUGGUUUAAUGUUGAAAACUAAAGGACCAGGUUUUGUAUUUUUCCUUCCAUGGAUUGACCGAUGCCAUUCUGUUGACAUGAGGACAAAGGCUUUUAAUGUUCCACCUCAACAGAUUCUUGUUUCUGAUGGUGCAGCAAUUGAGAUUGGUGCAAAUAUUUAUGUUCGUAUUGUCAAUGUGCAGAAGUCUGUAGCUUGUGUCCAGGACCACAAUCGUUCUGUAAGACUCCUUGUACAACUGACCUUGGUGAAACUACUAGCAAAGAAAACCUUGGAAGAAAUAGAACAACAGAGAUCUUCUAUUGCAGCUGCCGUACAGGAUGAAUGCAACAAGACAACACUUUGCUGGGGAGUAGAGAUUAGUCGCUGUGAACUGUCCCACAUAAAAGUCCUUGUUGCACCGUCUGAAGGUAAAGUUCCUUUACCUAAAUGCAUCCAGCCACCAGGGUAUACACCUUCUGGUUAUCAAGGUGCCUUCGAUGGUCUACCUCUUGCUUUCCAGCAACUGGCUAAUGUAGUUAUCAAUAAAACAAAUGAGAAUUCUCCAAAACAAACACCAGUGCCCAAGACAUUUCCUACAAAAGACAAGGAGAAUAAAUAUUUGGAAACAACCAAAAAUGCCUUUGAUGUAAUCAUCUUCAAAUUACAGUCAGUGUUAGAUAAAGAUUUGGUGCAAUCUGUGAAUUCUAUUUUCCAAUUCCAUAUUGUUGGGGAUAUUAACAAGAAGUUUAUACUUGAUCUCAAAAAUGGUGCUGGCACUGUGACAUUUAUGGAAAAUACAGAAAACCAUGAUGCUGCUGAUGUUAAUAUGACUCUUGAUUACAAGGACUUUAUAUCUUUGGCACAUGGCCAUCUGAAACCUUUGGAAGCAUACAAAAAUGGCUGUCUGAAAGUAUCUGGCAACAAGUUAGCUGCCCUGAGAAUUGAACCUGUUUUAGACCGAUUGCAGUCUAUUAUCUUGUAGAAUGUCUACUUAAACAUAUUCAUCUGUGGUUGCUUCAGUUGUAGUUUUAGUUAGUGUUUGAAGUGUUUUUUUGUAUUGUUGUAAUCACAAAAAGAGAGAAAGAAGGAAAGUUAUGUUGAGGAGUCUUGUAGAAUUACUGGACAUAACCUGGAGAGUUGCAGAGUUGCUUGCGGUGACUUGCAGAGUUGCUGGAGGUGACUUGUAGAGUUGCUGGAGGUGACUUGUAGAGUUGCUGGAGGUGACUUGUAGAGUUGCUGGAGGUGACUUGUAGAGUUGUUGGAGGUGACUUGUAGAGUUGCUGGGGGUGACUUGUAGAUUUGCUGAAGGUGACUUGUAGAGUUGCUGGGGGUGAAUUGCAAGGUUGUUGGAGGUGACUUGUAGAGUUGCUGGAGGUGACUUGUAGAGUUACUGGAGGUGACUUUAGACUAUUUGGGCAACUCAUUGUUACUACUGGUUUAGCUCCUAAGCCAGCCUUGAUUGAGUUAGGCCUACAAUAAAAGGUAAACCAGCUUUGACCAUCCCAUCUUUUAAGAGAUAUCUCUGUUAUCUAAUAUGGGUAUAUAGGGAUAACUCUAUUAUGUAAUGUGUUCUUUUAAUUCUUUAAAACAGUAGAGAUGUGAUUUGAAAUAUAUUUAGCUGCUAUUUCUAGCAGACCGAUCAACUACAUAGAGGCUCCAUAGGGAGGCUAGUGGUGGCUCUCUGAAUAGCUGGAGGUGAUUUGCAGACCAGUUAGAAGUGUCUUGUAGAAUAGUUUGAGGGUACUUUCAGAAAAGCUGGAGUGUAUCUGUAGAAGUAGGUUGGAAGAAGGGUUAUAGAAUAGAUGAAGGUGAGUUGUACAAUGGUCAGAAGGUACUUUUAGAAUAGCUGGGAGUGACUUGCAGAAUAACUGGAAGUGAGUUGCGGAAUAUCUAGAGAUGAUUCAGUAAAUAGGUGAAGAUAACUCACAGAAGAGAUGGAGAUGACUCAUAGAAUAGCUGGAGGUGACUUGCAGAAUAACUGGUGAUGACUCACAGAACGGCUGGAGGUGGCUCUCAGAAUAGCUGAUGCUUCACAGAAUAACUGGAGAAUAACUGCUGAAUAGCUGGAGCUGACUUGCGGAAUAGCUGAAGAUAACUCACAGAAUAGCAGAAGGUGACCCUCAAAAUAGCUGGAGAUGACUUGUAGAAUAGUCAAAGAUGAUUCACAGAAUAGCUGGAUAUAAAUUAUUGUCAUUAAAGUCAUCGUUUUUAAGUAAUUAUGUUUAUUAAAUUCUGUAGCAGUCAACUAUCUUAUGAUUACUGGAAUACACACCAUUGUAUAACUGGUAUUUACUUUCUAGUGAUUAAAAAAAAUGAACGAUUAGGUUAAUGAUGAAAGAAUCUGUAUUGAGAUUCUUUUACUAAAACUCAGAACAUUCUACAAACUUGUUUCUUUGUAAUAAAAAAUUGAAAAGAAAAAAAGACAAUGAAAACUGUCAAAAUGUAUAAAAAAAUAUUACUUUAUAUAUAACCAAUAAUUUAUAUACAUAACUAAUAAUUUAUAAUUGCUUUGUUGUAAAUAUCUAUUUAUUAUAUAUUGAUCUGUUAUGUUAUAAACUGUAUGAAUGUGGAACUGUGUAUGUGUGUGUGUGUAUAUAUGUGUGUGUAUAAGUUUUAAUAACUUGUUAUUUAUAUCACAGAUGUCUAUAGAAUUUGAAGAUGUAAAUAAACCAACAAUUUCCUUGUAUUAAA